CGGCGAGCGUCAGGCGAGGGGGGGGCCCGGCCCGGCCCUUCCCCUGGCCCCCGCGCCCCGAGGAUGGCAGCGCUGCCCGCACGAGUGGCUGGCGGCGGUGUCCCUCCUCUUUUUUUUUCCGGCAGCGGCGGCGGCGGCGGCAGCGGCGGCGGAUCAUUGUUGUGUGGGAGGAGGGUGGCGGGGAUGGACUUGAUCUCUCGGGUCUCCUGCUGAGGCGGCAACACAGCGCGCCCCGCCGCCCAGCCAGCGCCGCGCCGGGCAGGGAGGGACCGGCCCGGCCCCCCGCCCGCUCCCUGGCUCUUUAUUUUUAGGGGGCUCUGCUGCUCCUUUCCCUCGCCCUUAUCUCUCCCCCCCCCCCUUCUCCCCGCCCGCACACACGCACAGGGACACGCUUGCACCCUCCUCCGGUGCCCUUUCAUCCUUCCCCCCCGCCGUCCUCCCGCGCCGGCUCCUGCCGCGGCAGAUGCGCCGCGGGUCACCGCGCAGCUGGGACUAUGGUGAAAUUUCCAGCGCUCACUAACUACUGGCCCCUGAUCCGGUUCCUGGUCCCUCUCGGCAUCACCAACAUCGCCAUCGACUUCGGGGAGCAGGCCUUGAAUAGGGGCAUCGCUGCUGUCAAGGAAGAUGCUGUGGAAAUGUUGGCCAGCUAUGGGCUGGCAUACUCCUUGAUGAAGUUCUUCACGGGUCCAAUGAGUGACUUCAAAAAUGUAGGUCUGGUGUUUGUGAACAGCAAGCGAGACAGGACCAAAGCAGUUUUGUGCAUGGUUGUGGCUGGCGCUGUAGCUGCUAUAUUUCAUACCUUAAUAGCAUAUAGCGAUUUGGGGUAUUACAUUAUUAAUAAGCUGCACCAUGUGGAUGAAUCAGUGGGAAGUAAAACUCGGAGGGCCUUCCUUUAUCUUGCUGCCUUCCCUUUUAUGGAUGCCAUGGCAUGGACCCAUGCUGGGAUUCUGCUGAAACACAAGUACAGUUUCCUGGUGGGAUGUGCCUCCAUCUCAGAUGUCAUAGCUCAGGUUGUUUUUGUAGCCAUUUUGCUUCACAGUCACUUGGAGUGCAGGGAGCCUCUCUUGAUCCCAAUCUUGUCGUUAUACAUGGGAGCACUUGUGCGAUGUACCACGUUAUGCCUCGGAUACUACAGGAACAUACAUGAUGCUAUUCCUGACAGGAGUGGGCCUGAAAUGGGGGGAGAAGCUACGAUAAGGAAGAUGCUGAGUUUUUGGUGGCCUUUGGCAUUAAUUUUGGCAACUCAGCGAAUAAGUAGGCCCAUUGUCAACCUUUUUGUCUCCCGCGACCUAGGUGGCAGUUCUGCAGCCACAGAGGCAGUGGCAAUUCUGACAGCUACAUAUCCUGUGGGACACAUGCCGUAUGGCUGGCUGACAGAGAUCAGAGCAGUGUACCCUGCUUUUGACAAGAAUAACCCCAGCAAUAAAUUGGUGAACACGAACAGCAUCGUCACAGCCACACAUAUCAAGAAGUUCACUUUUGUUUGCAUGGCUUUGUCCUUAACGCUCUGUUUUGUGAUGUUUUGGACGCCAAAUGUGUCAGAGAAGAUUUUAGUUGACAUAAUUGGAGUAGACUUCGCUUUUGCAGAGCUGUGUGUCGUUCCUUUGCGCAUCUUCUCCUUCUUUCCGGUUCCAGUGACUGUCAGAGCGCACUUGACUGGUUGGCUGAUGACUCUGAAGAAGACAUUUGUGUUGGCACCCAGCUCAGUGCUGCGGAUUAUCGUCCUCAUCACUAGUCUCAUCGUCCUGCCUUACUUAGGAGUUCAUGGAGCCACUCUUGGAGUAGGAUCCCUUCUAGCUGGUUUUGUAGGAGAAUCCACCAUGGUUGCAAUAGCAGCCUGUUAUGUCUAUCGGAAACAGAAAAAGAAGAGGAAUGAGAAUGAGACAGCUGUAGAAGGUGAAGACUCUGCAAUGACCGACAUGCCUCACACGGAGGAAAUGACAGACAUCGUAGAAAUGAGAGAAGAGAAUGAAUAAUAAAUGGGAUGCAAUUGUUCUCUGCAGGGACGAUUGGAGUGACACUUCAGCAUCUUGUCGUCUCUCAUACUUUUUCGUUUGUUCAUUUUUAUUUUUGUAAUAAAGAGGCCUUGAUUUAAAAGGUUUCAGAUAAAUUCUCUAGCAUACUGAGUAUGCUCUCACUGAUGAGGGACCUAAAAAGAGGUCUUUGCUUCUUUAUUUUUUUUUUUCCAAUUGAAUUUGUUUUCUCACUCCAUGCAAACAUAAAAGAUACAAUUGCAUCACUGUAGAGUCUUCCUUACUUAUGCAUCUACCUUCUCUGGACAAUCUGCAUUUGUCAACCAAAGCCCUGCUCUCUGUGCAUGUGUGUGUGUGCAUCUGUAUGGGCAUGCACUUGCACGCUCACACGUGCACACUGGCAUGUGCCACUGGCUCAAUGCUACUGCCAUAAUCCUUCUCCCUCCCCUCUUUCCUUUUCCUUCCUUUUCUUCAUGAGAAAUGUAAAGGAAAAGAAGUUGGAAUACAGAGCUUUAUUUUACUUGCUUGAAAAUGACUUUGCUACAUAAACUAAUAUACUAUGGUGAACUAUAUCUUUUUGUUUGGCCUCGUCACUAGAGCUUAUACUGCACAGGGUAAAAGACAGGGAGGAACAUGUAAGUCUCCACAUACAACGUGGAGAAAAACAGGUUCCUCUCUUGUAUUAAAAGUGUGUGGAUGUAUAUAUACACACACAGGUACAUAAACAGAGACAUACAUACAUAUAUAUUUAUAUAUGUAUGUAUGUAUAUGAUAAAUAAAGUACACACAGGACAAGAACUCUAUUUAGCUUUCAUUCCAGCAGAAAGAUAAUAAUCUUUUGAAAAAUUUAAACAUUUAAUUCAGAAUUUUCUUGAAUCAUUAAGCCCCACCUUACAUAUAAUUUUCUUUAGGGAAAAAAAACAGGCACUAUCCUCUUCUGAAGAGGGUGAUGGCAACUGAUAAACUACAACUGUAUUUAAAUUAAACAAAAAUAAAUAUUGAUAAGCUUUACCAAAGUUCUUGUCCACUGAUCUAACUUUAAUUUUUAAAGGUUGAUUUGCUCUAUAUACUUAUUUCUGGUGCCUCUAUAUUAAAAAAAAAAAAACAAACAUAACAUAUGCAGGAUACCAUGGUAUAUCACGUUACUACACAUAGCUCGAUGAAAUUUUUUAUAUAGAGAUACACAUAAUCACGUGUGUGUAUAUGUAUAUAUACUUAUAUACACAUGGCACACACACUCAUACGUAUGUUUUGCUAUAAUAUAUUUACCUAUGCAGUAGGUCAAAAUCCGUAUGGUGAAUCUCAAGUACUGGUGGUCCUCCAAGUUGAUAAUUAGGGACUUUGUUUAUAUGUUUGCUCUCAAGGCAAGCAUUAUGUGGGAGCUGGGAGCUGCUCCCACCAGUCCUCCAGUGCUGUGCACGGAGCAGGCGGCAGGCGCUGUGUGGCUGUGGCUGAAGUGGGUUAAAUAACAGAGCGUGAGGUCGGGUGGGUGAUUCAAGUCGGGUGGAAAUGAAGCCUGUGUAAGAGAUGACCAGGGAGGUUUUGGGUGCCACUGAUGAUGGCUGCGGCAGCAGCUUGUAUUUCUGUGCUCUUCUGUGUUUGGCUGCAGGGCAGCGUUCAUUACCGGUCUGUAGUACCUUGGGUUCUUUCAGAUUUAAUCACGUCAGAGUCUGGAAACCAUUAUCCUCCAUCCUAUAUCCAUAAACCAGUUAAUUUAAACCUUAUUUAGUAAAAGUAUAUUUUUCUAAGUUGUGGAAAUUAUUAUUUAAUUGUGGACAAAUUCCUAGAUUUAUUUGCCAGGUAGUCCCAGCACUCAGAGAACUGAUCAAAACUAAACAUUACUUUAAAUGUUUUAUCAAUAUAUGUGUAUGUAGACAUACACAUGUGUAUAAAUAUAUAUAUAUUGUAUAUUAUGUACAUUUAUUUUAAACUACAAUAUGUUUCCUAUUUUUCCAAGUUCAGCUAAAAAUGUCUCUACAAAACUACAGAGUUGACUAGUAACCAGUUAUGGCCAUCAUGAAAGGCAUUGUAUCAAUGAACUUUACAUUUUAUCGGAAACAUUUGUACCAAUUUGUUACAUGUGCAAAUGCAAUAAGAAAAAAAGGUAGAAAUUACUGUGUUAACUAACAGAUUUGCAACAUCACUUCUCAGUUAAUGAGCAGUGGCCCUAGGAUGGUAAGACUAAAUCCAUUUACCACGUUUUUCUGUACCACCAUGGGGUAAAUCCUGGUUUUGACAGUAGUUUAAAACAAAAUUUAAAAAAAACCCCUCAGACAAAGUUAUGUGUGCAGUAUGUAGUCUGUGCACAUUCAUGAAUACAGGUUCUCAAACAAUCAUAUGUAUAUAAUGUGUAUAUAGACUGUUACAGAUCACAGUGGCCAUUUGAGGUCUCCUCUAUUCAUGUAGUUUUGGUUUCUCCAGUACAUUUGUAUUCAAGUCCACAAGAUACAGUUUUUCAGGAACUGUAGAGAUGAAACAAGAAAAUAUUUUUGUGUAAUAUUUCUUUGGUACAUGACUAAAAUUCAAACAGCAGUAUUUUUGAAAAAUGUUGAGCAUUACCAAUGUAGGUUUCAAGAUAGUAAUUGCACCAAAAAGUAAAAAAUUGAAAACAAAUUAAAGGAAAACAUGGAGGCUUGUGCUUUACAUAAAAGUUGAACAAACACAAAAGUUGAAUUAUUGGUCACACAGAGAUAAACUAAUGGUAUUGUAAAAGAUAAAUUUUCAAUUGUGUGGGUAAUACUAGUCCUUUAUUUUGCAAGAUACUGAAUGAGCACAGGAGUGGUGGGAUUUGUUUGAGAAUUUAAGCAGUGACAUAAAGACACGUGCAUUGCAUCGCUUUCUGCUUCCUGCAGGUCAUGUGUUCCUUUUCGUUGCUCUGCUGGAUUAACAAAAUGUGAUGACAUUUCUGCAGUGAGUGAUUCCAAGCCAGCCCCUCAUGCUGGUUCAGGUGCUCGCUGGGGGACAGGCAGGGUUCUCAGCAGGAAGAGGUAUGUCCAGGUUGCUAUUCCUCUGUCCCUUGCAGGCACUGGUUAUGCUUCUGGGUACUGCUGGCAGGAGCUUCAGUGACCACUUGAAACGUUGCUGCUCCAGCUCCCAGUCAGUGGCAAAUUAGCUGGACUGGUGAAACAGCCAGUCUGAUGAGUUACAGGCUGGGAGUGGGCAGCCAUCCUCUAUGGCCAAAGCCCCAUUCAGAGCAUUACUGAUUUGAGUAUCUCAGGCAGAUGCUGGUACAUACCCUGUUCUGCACCUUUUCCUUUCGAAAAGGACUUCCCUGAGUUCUAGUAAAAUGGCUUAGCUGUCUCUGUCUUGUGCUGUUGCUUAUGAAAUGGCUAUCUAUCUCUGUGGUAAUUAUUUUACAAUAGAAACGUUACGUUUCUGUGUCAGAGAGCUGGAGCGCAGUCAUCUCAAUGAAUUCAUGUGGAGACUUGGCCUUUCCAGACUGAAUUAUACAAUCGAAGUUACAAUAAAAAGAGGAAAAAUGUUGAUCUUCAUCCUACAUCUCAUGUUGCAGAACAAUUUGCACAGUGGGAAAUAAGAGUAGAACACUGAUAAGCUGUGGAUUAAUGUUCCUCGGCUUUUAAUACAUUUGCAAAAUUGCGUUAACUUGUCUUGAGCUUUCCUUUUUCAGAAUUAACAGGAAACACUCCAGGUUUUUCCCUCACUGCUUUAAGCAGGCUCUCACGCUUACCAAGCCGUGGACUCGAUGCACAAAGCUCUGCAUUUCUCAGCCAGUGCCUGAGGCCAUUUGGGUGCACCAGCAGGUUCCCAAGGCAUGGAGCAGUCCUGCUCCCCAUCCCCCUGGCGCAGCCAUUCCAGGCAGGAGGGCUCAGUUCCCUGCUUGUUAGAUAGAGCCACCCUGAGUGAGAGGAUUGGGUAAGUAACAGAGAAGUCUUUUGUUUUCUACUCAUUUUGCUGCUAAAUAUUUCUUUUGAGCAGGAGAUUUAUAUCUGGCUCUUGCUUAGUGUUUCGCCAAAUCUGCAGCCAGAGAGGAGCAGCCUGAGACGGAGGGUUAGCUGAUGAAUGCAGCUGAUUCAGGGCAGGCCACGGCACAUGAACAGAAACCUUUUGAAGGCAGGAGUGCCUGCUUUUGUGGGAUGGCGCCUCAUGCUUAAAAAGACGGGAGAAAGGAUGCUUUCAGGCCCAGGCACCAGAAUUUUCAGGCAUACUUUCGUGUUGGGCUGCAAGGUGGCAACAGGAAUCAAGCAUCCUGCAGCUCGAGCAUCCCAACCCCACUGCCAGCAUCCUCAGUGAAGUGUGGGACAGUGUAGAGAAUGGCGUGGCAGCAGUAUUGGCUCUGUCUCUCACUGAGGUUUUGUCGUUGUGGCAUGGUUGGCACAGGGUUGAGUGCAGCUGGUUGUUACCUGAGGAUAGCUGCAGGAUUAGUCUACUGGAAGGCCAUGCAUAUGUAUAUGUGUAUACGACAGUGUUGCACAGGCAUUUUUAUUACAACCUCUGUAUAGUUCAUUGGAACAAGGAAGUCUAAACACAAAGUCUAAACAUGAUUUAAAAACUGCAGUUUAAAGCUACAUAAAAGAGUAAAUAAAACAGCAGACCUAUACCAGUAAGCUAAAGCAUGAUUUAGAUCAGUAAGCUGGAAUGGGAGAGAAAGAGGACAUGUUGAAAAACUUAUGGGUAAUGUAUACCCAUCCUGAAUACAACAGCAUGGUGUGGAUAUGAGGGAAUCAAAGGGCAGAAAACAUCAGAGCUGUGGCUGCUGCCAUUUCCCUUUCAGCUGCCCAGUAGAGGGACUGAAGGAUGAGGAAGUGUGUCCAUGAAACACCACUUCUAAGUAUUUUGGUUUCCAAAUGAAAGACUCUUCAGAGAGAAGAGUAUGAAACAUCUUAAGAUGAUUCAAGCAGAAUUAAACCAGCAUGCAGGUUUUAUAAUGCGUAGCGAGGAGGCACUACAUAGUUUCCUGUUUCUGAGUAACUGGCAGGUUUGAAUUAAGGAAACAUCACAUAAAUAUUAAUUAAACACAAGACAAAAUUAUCCCAAUUUUGGUAUCAAAUUGGCAUUUCUCAAAUACCAGCUAAACCAUAAUAUGUUAGGAUUCCCUUCCCCCAUUCAUGUUUGGUUUUUUACUAGAAUUCAAGUGCAGCAAGCCAUCUUUUUUUGAGGGAGCAAGCUCCUGUGGAGGGGAUACAGUGCAGAGCAGGCUGUGGGGGCUUGUGGCAGAGUACCAGGUGGAAUGAAGAGCUCCCGAUUUACUCUGUGCUCUGCAACACACUGUAUAGCAGCCUGACAGCAUCAUGAAACAAGGCAGAAUUGUCAGCUUAGCAGCAAACUUGGUCCAAGUGUGGUCGCAAGCUGUGGCAGCCCUGCAGAGCAGCAGAAGGCCAUGGGAUGCAGGGUAGCCCUGGCUCCGAGCUCAGGCUCAGACAGCCUGUGUGAAUUUUCUUUGGAGAGCCAAGUUCAAUUGUCAGUGCAUAGAUGCAAUCCUCAGCAAAACCAUUGCCAGACUUCUCAGUAAUUGGCACUUUCUGAACAAAAAGGCUAAAGACAAAUAUGAGGGCAGAGCUUUAAGCUCAGCUUGGAGCGUUGACUUGCACAGAAGGGCAUUUUGGCCACAGAUCGUGGAAAUUAAUUGUACAGUUAGUGGGCUUCAGUCUCAGCAUUUCAUAGUCACAGUAUACACUCUAUCUUAGUAAAACAAAGAAUGGCAGUAUAUUUCUAGGUCGUCUUUUGCCUGUAAUCCUGAGGGGAAAGUUUUCCUUAGUAUUAGCAAGCCUUGUCACUGCUCAAAUCAAUUUAUUGGUUUUAUCUCAUUAUUUUCUAUUAUUCCUAGUUCAGUGUCUUCAGACAUUUCCUUAUUUUCUUCUGAAGGCUCCUGCUAGGCUCAUUUUGUCUGUUGGCAUUUUGAGAAGGAAAAUGUAAUCGUCAUGCUGACUGAACGUCAAGUAACGUUGUGAUUAAAAAGUAGCUUACAACAAAACUCUUCUUUGAUGGAGUGUUUUUUACUUCUCAUUUGCUAAGCUGGAAAGAAGAGUCAAAAAGUAGAAGGAGUUGGGGAGUGUCUUUAUUUAAAAUCAAGAAUUAAUUGAGUUAAUUUAAGUUCAUUUCUUAACUCCAGCCACCUUGUUCUUUCUAGUGAUCUGUGAGACCAUGACCCAAACUUUUACAGCAAAGUUAGCACUGCAUCCCCAGAGCAGCACAGAAUAGUUUGAAGUAUGUAGGCUUCAUAUAUUUCACAACUGAAUGUAUAACAGUGGGUUCGAGAGCCUGAUCAACAGGGGCAGUCCAUUUUGUUUAAAAUCCAUCUGGACAAGAGCAGCCUGGUACAAUGUCGAAGGUGGCCUUGCUUUGAGCGGAGGGGGACUUAACAAGAUAACUGGCUGCAAUCCCCUUCCUGCCUAAAUUGUUCUCUAAUUCAACCAGGAACAUAGAGGGGUCCCUUCAUCUUAAAGGACUUAAGAUUGCUUGCCUGUUUUUUAGGGUUUAGGUUCAGGGUUGGGAGAUAGUGCCUAAUAGGGGUCUACAAUGUAGACAUGUGAGCAAACAUCUGAGCUGCACAGAUUCUUUUGCUGAUGACAAAAUGUUCAUAUUGCAGAACCAGCUGUACAUUACCCUCCCACCCUCUGGGAGCCCACAACAAGGACAAAGCAAAAAUAAGUUAUUGUAUCUGCAGAUGAAGUAUUUGAGUACUGUUCAGCACUUUUCCCAUUAACUCUCUAAGCAAAACCACCCGAAAACAGCAAGCAAUUGCACCUAUUACCUGCUUCCUCCCAUCUCUCUUUCUGUGCAUCAUUCAGUGCUUAAAAAAAAAGCUACCCUUUCUCGUAACUCCUUUCUGUAAUCAAGGUAAUGCAAAGUCAAUACUUAUAUUUAUGUAAUAAAAUGGCUUGGCCUAUCUGCAAAUGAGAGCAUAUAAAUCCUCUCUUAGGAAAGGAUGUAUUUCAAAAUUGGAACAGCAGCUUUAUCCAUAAUUCAGCGAAAAAACUCACAACAGAAAUGCAAAGAAAAAAUUGCAGAACUGAAAAAAAGAAAAUUGAUUGCAUUAACUUUUAAUGAGAAUACUGCCUGGGUGGAAAGUAAGGUGUAUGUACACAUGCAGAAAACAGCAGAGCCUGGAACUAAUGUUCAUUACUCAACUUUGUAGUUUGCUCUCCAAAGAAGCACUAAUGUUACUCUGCUUUUGUGUGCUAUUAUGAUGAACAAAAAAAUCCCUCCUGAGCUAUAACAAAACAACUGGAAGGCUACAGGCAGCAAAUUUACUGGUUACUUAGACCAACUGAUUUUAUCUUCAGACUUCGCAAGCACCACAACAUUGCAAAAGCAAAAACUCCAUAAAAGUUAAAGGGACCUAUUUUUGUAGAUGACAUACCCUUACUUAUUACCAUCAACAAGUUUUUCACUUCACUUACUUAAGGUUUAAUAAAAAUACCUGCAGUAUCUAGUAUAUUUUUAAAAAGCAAACGCACAAGAUGCGAAACUCAACCUGUGUUUUCAAACUGGGCAGAAAUGGCCCCCACCAUCACAAAGGCAAGCAAGCUCAAAUCCUGGUGCUUUGGCAGCACAGCCUAGCAGCAUUCCCAAGCUUGAGAAAGCCUUGUUUGGUCUAUAUGGGACAGAAAGCUUCUGGGAGUGCCUAAGGAGGAGCACAUGUGAGUGUAGAGGAGUGAGUGUGUGUAUGGGGAGAGAGACAGACGGCUGCAAAUGAAUGAGUUGAAGCAUCUUUUGCAAGCACCCUGCGCUAUGUUACCCUGCAAGGACCACACUGGUGGGCAGAGAGAACCAUAAGCCCAUUCUAUUAUCAUCUUUAGUGAAAGGUUCACUUUAGUGAGAGGUUAUCAGGCAGUCUUACUAGAUAACUAGAUAAAGACAAACUUUACCGUGCAAACUGUCUCAGCUUUUGCAAUGGAGAAGCCAGUAUCACACACCCUGCUCUCUCCGUCUUUGCAUACUUGAGCAGGGCCUGCCACAAGGUCACUCCAGAAGGAAACUACAAAGGUUGAGCAAAACCUAAAGUGCAGAGCAGCAGAUGAGGACUAUUUUGUCUUCACAGCAGGAAAUUAUCACGGAGGAGAACCAAACUGUGUAGAUAUAACUCCUAGGAAGUCUCUUAAAAGAGAUGGAGUUUCUGAACAAAGAUAGCUUUGACCACAUCAUGCAAGGUCAGACUCCACCAUUAAUAACCUAAGACUACAAAGAUAGAAGGUUCUCCAAUCUCAGAGGGGUGCUAUAAGGAUAACAUUCACUAAUGCUGGUGACGGAUGCUUGGAUAAUACAGGGAACAGUGUCACAGAAAUGCCUAAAAAUUAGAAUAUUUGCAUGUUCUAAUUGUGCCUUUGGGUUCUCUAAAAUUGACUUGUUUUUAGUUUUAUGGAAAUACUUUUAUAAUUGGGAGCGAGGAGUAGUGUCUGGAAGCAAGAUCCUAAAAAAAAGCAGCCCAAAAUCUGAAGACUCUUGCUUAGUAAAGAGGGGAAAGGAAGUUUGGGAGCCUUAUCUUUUCCUGACGCAGCCCUCUGACCAUGGAUUAUUCUGCAGGACAACAUCUUGUUCUCAGCAGGCUUACAAUGCUGAAAGAGGCAAGAGCAGUAACUGGCCACACUUUGCUGAAGUUGCAUUGGGAUUAAGGUCAAUUCUCUAUAGAAAAAUUCUCUACAGAAAAGGCCCCAUUUUUCAGUUUGCUUCUGUAAUUUGAAGGUAAUCUGAGAACUAGGGAAAUGCAUAUUUCACCUGAGAGGUAUCACUUGGUUUUUAUGUCUUUCAGAAUAUCUUUCAGCAUCAGAUUCAAAUUCUUUUAGUAAGAUAAAGCUGUUUUUAUGGAAAGCAGUGUGCCUAAUAGCCAUCCUCAACUACUUAAACAAGUCAAUUUUGCAAGGACUGUAGGUGUCAAGCCAGAGCACCGUUUGGAACUACAGUACAGGGAUCCUAGAUUUUAAAUGAAAUGUUACCUCAUGCAUCAUCUUCUGUCAUACUUGUAGAAUUCCAGUUGAUUUCUGUCAAAAUAAAUGUUGCUUUCUGUAAUUUGUACACAUGCUAUAGCUACUGGUUUGGGGUUUUUUUUUUACUGAUCAUUUUUUUACUGACCAUUUAAAGCUUUGCUUUAAAUGUGGGUUUUCUUUAAACUCUAAAGAAACCAAUGAAGGUUACAACUUUGUACAUUUUUUAAAUCACUGCUAAGGUCAGAAGUAUAAAAGUAUGUGUCACAUUAAAAUUGAGUGCUCUUUAUGUAUUUAGCAGAGAUGUAUGUUUUUGCAUUGUUAAAAAGAAUGAUCUAUGCUUUCUUUGAGGGGGAUCUGUGCUCCAAUAUUGUCCAAUAGCUUUCAUAUUCUAAUUACUUUAAUUAAAGUUCUAACAGUUUGCAUAUGA